AUGAGGACAAAAGUACAGAUCUUGAUACAAACUGGAAUCUCCUUCGACGUAAUGUAUGCUGAUGAUAUAGCAAUUUCGUAUGGCGAACUUAAUCCAAAAGACCUAAGAGAUUCAAUCGUCGAUGAUUUAGUAACCCUUAAAUGUUUCUUCAACAAACUGAGCUUAGAUAUUAAUUUUACCAAAACCAGCUACUUACAAUUUCAGGGAAGAGCAAGAUUUGAAUAUUUUACGGAAAAAUCACUGAAUAUCAAAGUGUUCAAUAAUAAGAUUGAAAGAGUCGAAACUUACAAAUAUUUAGGUCUUUUAAUUGACGAGUCAUUAACUUUUCAAAAACAUAUCGAGCAAAUAAAAAAUAAAGUUACUCCUAUGAUCUAUGCUAUUAGAAGAAUAAGAAAAGUGAUAGGAAUAAAAACUGCUUAUCAAUUAUAUUUUGCGUACAUUUAUUCGCAUCUAAUAUUUAUGAAUCCGUUGUGGAGUGUUGCGGCGACAACUACACAAAAUUUUCUCUUCGUAGCCCAGAAAAAAGUUCUUCGUUUUAUUCAAAUGAAAAGCAGACUAUCACCUUCUUUAGAACUUUUUUCUGAAAACAUUUUGCCACUUCCACUUUCACCGCAAUAUAUCUAA